AUGACCGAACCCAACACCGACGUUCCGUAUAUGGAACCGAGGCCUGAGGAGCCGCAGAAGACGAAAGCGCCCUCGAGACCGCCAACCCAGUCGCGCAAUUCUAGCGCAACCAUCCUCAAGAAGACGAAGGGGAAAGGCGACGAUCCGCUACAGGCGUUGACUCGAUGGCUGCUCGACAAUCAGACUGGCCUCGCAUUCAACCUCAUCGCCCUCCUUUUCCUCGCCCAUUCUUGCAUACCCAAGGCGAGGCCAUAUACAUCCAAGUUCUUCAGGCUGCCGCACUACAACCCCAACACCGGGAAAUAUGCUGCGGGUCAUGACGACUUCUGCUUCAUGACCUUUUGCAUCGUGCUCCUCACUGGGCUCCGCGCAGGUUUUAUGGAAUAUGUUCUAGCUCCGCUGGCUAGACUGUUGGGGUUAUCUAAAACGAAAGAAGUUACCAGAUUCUCCGAACAGGCAUGGAUGUUGAUGUACUACAGUGUAUUCUGGCCACUGGGCAUGUACAUCUACUACAAGUCGCCGUAUUUUCUCAACAUGCACGAGCUAUGGACCGAUUGGCCCCAGAGAGAGCUUGAUGGGCUUAUGAAGGGAUACAUACUAUGGCAAUGGUCUUUCUGGAUACAGCAAGUCGUCGUUAUCAAUAUUGAGGAUCGCCGGAAGGAUCACUGGCAGAUGCUAACCCAUCACUUUGUUACCAUCGCUCUUAUUUCUGCCUCGUAUGCCUACCACCAGACUCGGGUCGGUAAUCAAAUUUUAGUGAUGAUAGACGUUGUUGAUUUGAUUUUUCCAGGCCCAUUCCCCAUCCCUCAAGGCUGGUCUCAUUUGCUUGAUCCCUUCCGCCACCCCACGGGUACUGUCUGCUUCAACGAUAAUAUCAUGCUCGGCUUCCUAUCUUACCUUCUCAUCCUGCAGGUCAUGAUGCUCGUGUGGUCCGUUUUCAUCAUACGAGUUGCCGUUCGCGUGCUUAACGGCAAGGGCGCCGAGGAUAUCAGAAGCGAUAAUGAGGAGGAGGAAAAUGGAGAGGAAGAAGAGUUUGAGUACGAGGAGGCCCGGCCCCUCGAGGAGGAAGUCGGCGUCGAAGCCAUUGACUUGACCGCAUGGGAGCGCCGCACUGCCGUUAAGAUGGCCACGAGCUCCAGUGGCGCCAGUCUGCCUGGGCAUAUCGAUCAUAAGGAGUUGUUGCACAGGAUCGGGUGCAAAAAGCAAAUCGACUGA